UAGAGCGCAGUUUCAAGAAAGAGGUAAUUUGCGUUUCAAAGAGUGAAACUCCUCGGAAGACAUCUGAUUGCAUCACCGAGACACGAUUUGAGACGAGCAGGAAAAGCGAUGUUACCUUUUCCCAGUCUUAUCACAAGAGUUGUCGGGGAUGGGUUGCACUUUUUAACAGAGGUUUUUUUUAAAAAAAACUGAGCCCAAGAGCUCGCUCCCUGUAUUUUGUGCGAGGGACUCUUCCGUUUCCGACCCAUGCGCUUUCAUGUUCAUAGCUGUGAUGUCUGAAGGUGGGCUUGAAAGUGAGCUUUUGCAUGUAAAUGCAAACAGCCUGAGCAUUUACCGCAGAUGUGAGUCUCAGAGCUCUGAGGACGAUGACAAAAAAUUAAAGAGGCGAGAAAAAAACAGAGUUGCCGCUCAGAGAAGUCGCAAGAAGCAGACGCAGAAAGCUGACAAACUGCAUGAGGAGUACGAGGGCCUGGAGCAGGAGAACAGCUCCCUGAAGAAGGAGGUGCAGAGGCUGACAGAGGAACGCAGGUACCUGACCGAAGCCCUGAAGGCUCACGAGCCCCACUGCCCACUGGUGCACUGCCCCAUGAACCUGAUGCCAAUAUCAAGGUCAGACAUUAUCAGCAGCUGCUUGCCAAGAUAAGGACAGGAGGGACGUCAGGGAAUGAAGUCUGUCGCACAGGAGACCGUCGUAAACUUCAGAGACUGGAGUGUGUGGUGUUUGUGUGUGGGUGUGAGGAUAAAGCUGUAAAUUAAAAAAAAAAUAAACUGACAGAAAAAAGUGGGGGGAUUCCUCAGUUGUCUGACAGAAAGCAAGCAUCUUUGUCCAGGUGAAAAGAAUACUCUCCUGCUCAACAGGAAGGGCCUGUUUUCUGCAACUAGGAAAGACUGCUUUUGUUUUAAUCACAGUCAGGCUAGAUACAGAUAGUGCUCACUGUGUCUGUGUGUUCUCUUCAGUAUCUUCUGGAAUUGUCUUGUUUAAAUCAAUCAGGAGCAAUUGCUGGUCAACAACAAUGUGUUAAAAUCAGCAUCAUGUGCGAAAUCAGCAUCAUUAUAAAAAGUAUUCACAAAGUUACAGACCUGGAAUGCAAUUAAACAAUUUUGUCUUGUGAAAGUACUCCUGUAUUUGGUGUGCUAAUUUUUAAAGAGUGCAUAAUUUACUGUACACUAAAGCAUGUUAAAGGUGAAAAGGCGAUUUGACUUGCUUUAAGCGCUAAUUGUAUUAUGAUUUGCCUCUGUAAAAGUGACGUCUUUAAAGUAAUAUUUUUCCAGUUGAUCACAAUGUUUUUUUGUCUUGAGAGUUGAAUGUAUUUAUUAUUUAUAAAACAUGGUUUACACUGGUUUUAUGAUUGCGUCUUUUGUGGUAAUUAUUGUUAUAUAUCAGUAUACAGCCUUUGAAUCUGCAGUAUGUUUUAAUAUUUCAGCUAUUGUCAAAAAAUGCCUAAAGCACAGAUAAAAAUAAAAUUAAUGAACCUGAAGGUUUGUCCUUUACC